AUGUCUGCUCCCACCUCGCUGUGGAGCUUACAGUGGGCAUCGUCCGCAACGACAGUCGAAUUGUCGGCUGCGGUCGCAGUAUAAGAGGCCUAUACUCAUUACUUCUCUGGGUACCUUUACUGGGUCUCCUAUACGUCUGUUUUUCUUUCUUCUAGGAGAAACCCGUGCUCAGCCGAUACCUGAAACAUGCAGAGAUUCACAACAAGGUAUGUCUCAGCCCUGAAUUCCGUGCGGAUACGCUCCCGCCUGUUUACUUAUCGACUUAAAUCUCACCCAGCACUUCAACUUUAAUACCGAAAUGUAGAACCUGGAAAUAGAUCUCUGCUGGCGCGAGCAUCGGAAACACCGCAAACGACGACGAUCUCGAUCUACCUCGAGCAAGCCGUCUUCGGGUCGUCCAGCUGCCGCCGCCGCAGCCGCUGCCUCCACCGUUCGCAGUGACUCGGCCGAGCGUAACUGGCGCCGCGAACGGAAGCGGCAACUAGAGGAGAACUUCCGUGGGUUCUCCGCCUCCGCGGCUGGUGGUGUGAAUGCGCUAGACUUCUGGCGUGAGGUUGUUCGUCGCGGCGCUGCAGCCACCGAUCGCUGGGGACACGACGGAUUCGAGGAACUCAAUAGGCCUGGUCCUCCGGCACCAGCGUCGCGCGAGCGCAGGCGCAGAAGCACCUCCUCGUCCGGUGACAAAGUAAUUAUCUCCUCCAGCGUUCUUCCUCAACCUCCGCGACCUCCGCCACCACCAAUUGUCCUCAAAAUUUCUUCCCCCCAUGCCCCAUCCUCAUCCCCCUCACCCACAACCACGGAAGAUUCCUCCGACUCCGAGGAGUCUGUCUGCUGGGAGGAGGCGGCAAAGCCGACUCCGCAGAGGUCGCCUCCUCCCCCAAACCCUCCGCCGCAGCCGGAAAGUAGCAAGAGGGAGGUCAUGCAAGAGAAGCACAAACCGCGGCGGAGUAGGAAGCAUAGGAAAAAGAAGGUGAAAAGAAGGCAGCGCUCUAGACGAGCUUCCUCUUCAUCCUCCCGCUUGCGAUCCUCGGGGAGUUUUAAUAGUAGCGAUGAAAUUGAGUGGACUGAGAAGACCUGA